AAGGUACAAACCCACCCCCUCCGUUUAACCCAGUACUUGGCCAGAAAAGACCGUACAUGUUGUAUCAGUAUAUAUACUCCAUAUCUUUAUUAGAUAUAGUUAUAGCUUUAUAUUCACAUAUUUGUUCAUAUCACAAUUCAGAUGCCAAAAUGUCAAGCUCUGUUCAUGUAAAAGAAGCUACUUUAAUCACCCCUUCAGACCCAACCCCUAUACAAGUUCUCCCACUUUCCGCUUUGGAUUCCCAGCUCUUUUUGCGCUUCACCAUCGAAUAUCUGCUCGUUUACAAGCCCUCACGCCAUGUAUUAGAUAAACUAGCUACAGUGAGCCGUAUCAAGGCCGCGCUUGGUCGAGCCCUGGUCCCUUACUACCCCUUAGCCGGAAGAGUCAGGGCUCGAACAAAUGGCUCGGCAGGCCUUGAAGUGGUCUGCAGAGCUCAAGGUGCGGCCUUCAUACAAGCCGCCUCCGAUCUCACGGCGGAAGAAUUCGAAGGAGCUCCCCGUCAUAACACGCAAUGGCGGAAGCUGUUGUCGUUACAAGUAACUGACGUCCUUAAAGGGGCUCCACCAUUAGUUGUCCAGCUGACUUGGCUAUCGGAUGGAUCGGCUACAUUAGGCGUUGGAUUCAAUCAUUGUCUCUGUGAUGGAAUUGGUAGUGCUGAGUUCCUCAACUUAUUCGCUGAGUUAGCUACUGGUAAGCAGAAAUUCACUCAAUUAAAUCGUCAAGUAUGGAAUCGCUAUCUCAUGGAUCCAAACAUUUAUAAUAAACGCAUUUAUCAACAAAAUCAUCCAGAGUUUAACAAAGUAGCCGAUCUCUGUAACUUCAACUCUCGAUUUUCUCAACUCGCGCCUACUUCAGUAACAUUCAACAGGAGCAGAGUAAACGAAUUGAAGAAAUUAUUAACAUACACCCAAUCCUCUUGCACUUCAUUUGAAGUACUCUCUGCUCAUAUAUGGAAGAGUUGGGCCACAUCAUUAAAUUUACCACCCAACCAAACAGUAAAACUAUUAUUUACAAUCAACAUACGGAAUCGAGUGAAGCCGAGCUUGCCGAUUGGGUAUUACGGUAACGGAUUCGUCUUAGGAUGCGCUCAAUCUUGUGCCAGAGAUUUAGUUGAAAAGGGAUUGGGAUACGCAGUUGGAUUAGUGAAGAGAGCGAAAGAUCGAGUAGACGAUGAGUACGUAAGAGAAGUGGUGGAAUCAGUGAGUUCGAAUGGAACGAGUCCAGACUCAGUAGGUGUGUUAAUAAUGUCACAAUGGUCAAAACUGGGAUUAGAGAAAAUUGACAUAGGAAUGGGGAGGCCUGUUGAAGUAGGACCAGUUUGCUGUGAUAGGUACUGUAUAUUACUGCCGGUGUAUGAUCAGAAGGAUUCUGUGAAGGUAAAUGUUGCGGUCCCUACAAGUGCGGUUGACAAAUACUUGUAUCUGUUAAACAAUACCACCACCAUUGGCACCUGACAAACAAGAUUUGAUGGACGAUAUUCAAUUUCAUGACAUUCACAGGAGUAUCUCUUCUUCUUCUUUUUUUCGAAUUUGAUGAGUACUAACUUAUAUAUGUUGACUUCAUGUACAUCGAUAGAUCAAUCCAAGGAGGGAAAAAGAAUGAGUAAAAGAUGAAUUUGUUCACUUUGUAAUUCUUUUGCUUCGUAUAAUUCAAUCUUAUUUAGGCUUGAGCUUUCCCUCACUUUCCCAAUAGUCUAAAAAUUGUACUCCCUCUGUCUCAAUUUAUGUGAUACUUUUCAUUUUCCGUUCGUCAAA